CGCGUGGCCCGCCCGCCUUCCUUCAACCUGCCUGAAGCGCAGCUUUCCGACUAGCGGCACUGGGAAUUGGCCGCACCUCCUCCCCACUCCGGGAGCCCCGCUGGGGCAAGUGGUCUGGAGGGGGUAGCGGGGAAAGGGGCGCCUUGGAAGGGCGAGUGUUUGGAGGUGUUUCUGGUAGGGACGACCCAAGAAGACUAAGACUUUGCGGAAAAUUGAGAACGCAUGAGUCAUUUGCAGACCUUGCUGCUGGACAGCCUCUUGGGCACGAAGCAUGUGGACAGUGCGGCCCUCAUCAAACUCCAGGAGCGGAGCCUGUGUGUGGCAUCCCCAGGAUUUAGUGUAAUGCCCAGUGAUGUUCAAAUGCUUGUGAACGGAUUCGCCAAGAACCCUUUACUAACCCGAAGAGAAGGCUUAUAUUUCAAGGAAAAUGAUUACAAAUGUGUCCGAUCGGAUGAUUAUUCUCUUUAUGCUAAGAAUGAGAACACCGGGGUGGUGAUUGUGAAGACCCGUCUGUACCUUCUGGUGGCAACUUACACUGAGGGCAUGUAUCCUAGUGUCUGUGUGGAGGCCACAGAGAAGCUAGGAGACUAUUUAAGAAAAAAAGGAAGCUGAGUCAUUAAACAACUUUGAAAGAAGGUCUUUAUUAUUAAAAAUAAUAAUAAUAACGAGCCUAAAUAAAGAAUGACUCUUUCUUUGUA